AUGGCCGACGGCUUCAGGCUGGCUCUCGCCGUUGUAGCGUUGGCCCUGCUGGCCUCCCGAGAGACGCGGGCCGACCCGGAGCUGCGCUUCAAGCCUGCGCCCCGCCAGAGACCCGUCCGGCUCUUCACCGAGCCCGAGCUGGCCAGAUACGACGGGCAGGAGGAGGGUCUGCCUAUCUACAUAGCCAUUAAAGGUGUGGUGUUUGAUGUCACUUCCAGAAAAGAGUUUUAUGGAAAAGGAGCUCCGUACAACACGCUAGUUGGGAAGGAUUCAACCCGGGGAAUUGCAAAGAUGUCUCUUGAUCCCGCAGAUCUCACUCAUGACACAACGGGACUCACAACAGAAGAGCUGCAGUCUCUGGAUGAAACCUUCAAUAAUGUCUACAAAGCCAAGUAUCCCAUUGUUGGCUACACCGCCCAAAGAAUUCUCAAUGAGGAUGGCAGCCCCAAUCCAAACUUCAAACCUGAAGACCAGCCACAUUUCAGCAUUAAGGAUGAGUUUUGACCAGUAAAUACAUUCCAGUAGUCCAUGGAUGUUCACCCUGCGUUACAUCAGAAUAAGGACAAAAAGCUGG